AUGGCAGAUCUCCAUAGGAUAUUAACACCGUUAUCAUUAGAGAGGUAUAGCUCAUGGCCAAAAGUAAUUGACCCUUACACAUACGAGUUCGUUGGACCUGGUGAAAGCGAUUAUGAAAUAAUAAUCCAAACGAUGAAAGAAGACGGCACUGUUACUGAUUCUAUCAGAUUAAACACUACAGUACAUGCAGAUGAUUGGUUGAACAAAGUUGUCGCCCAGUUGAAUUCAGAAGACGCUGGCAAUGAAAAUGUUACAUGUGAGCUGAAUGUUGGUGACAAAUGA